GGGGGGGAGGGGGGGCGUGCGCAUGCUCAGCAGCCCCGCUCCGCGGAGGCCCAGCUGCCGCCACCGCCGGCGCCGUAACCGCGGCUCCGCUGCUGCUCGGGCGGGCGUUGGUGCCGUGUGCCGAGGCUCCCAGUCGGCGAGAGGGAGCGGCCGGGCGGGAGCGCGGGCGGCACGGGCGCCGGAGGCAGGCAGCCGGGCUCUGAAGGAGCGAGGGCGGGACGGUCCAGCGGCGGACGGGCGAGGCGGAGCGAGGCGGAGAGCGCGGGGACCCACCCCGGGCGCCCUGCGUGCGAUGCCGGGCGGGCAGCGGCGCUGAGCGGCGGGGAGGCCGAGCGGCUGCUGCGGACAGAGAGCCGGCGACCCCCGGGAGGAGGAGGAGGAGGAGGAGCGGCGGCCGGAGCGAGAGGCAGCGCCGAGGGACAGCGGGCCGGGGCGGGCGAGGAGCGGGGGCCGCGCGGGCCAUGGACGCGGCGGCGGCGGGGGCGAGCCGGGGCGGCGGCGCGGCGCAGGGUCCGCCCGCGGCCAGGUGAGGCCGGCCGAGCGCUCGGGGCGCCGCCGCCACUGCGGGGCCGCCGGGCCGCGGGGCGAGGCGGCGGCGGCGGCGGCGGCCUCGGAGGCAGAGGGUCGCCGCCUGGGGUUCUGGCGGCCACGGCUCUCGCGCCGUCGCAGUAUUUCCUGUUUGGAUUCUCUCUUGCUUCUCCGCAGCUGCCUCCUUCCCCUCACACUCCCACUCACCCCCGCUCCUCCUCGGGCUCCUCCGGGGAAGCUGCCCUCCGCCCGGGCUCGCUCCUCCCGCUCGGGGACGCCCCUGGCCGCCCCUCCCGGGCCGCGGGGCCAGCCCCGCCGAGACCAUGAGGAAAUUCAACAUCAGGAAGGUGCUGGACGGCCUGACCGCCGGCUCGUCCUCGGCCUCGCAGCAGCCACAGCCGCAGCAGCACACGCCUGGGAACCGGGAGCCCGAGAUCCAGGAGACGCUCCAGUCGGAGCACUUCCAGCUCUGCAAGACUGUUCGCCAUGGAUUUCCCUAUCAACCCUCAGCCCUGGCCUUUGAUCCUGUACAGAAGAUCCUAGCAGUGGGAACUCAGACUGGUGCUUUAAGGCUCUUUGGUCGUCCAGGAGUAGAAUGUUAUUGCCAGCAUGACAGUGGAGCUGCAGUCAUCCAGCUCCAGUUCCUGAUUAAUGAGGGAGCUCUUGUGAGUGCCUUGGCUGAUGAUACGUUACAUUUAUGGAAUUUACGUCAAAAGAGACCUGCCAUACUACAUUCACUUAAAUUUUGUAGAGAAAGGGUUACAUUUUGCCAUUUGCCUUUCCAGAGUAAAUGGCUCUAUGUGGGCACUGAACGAGGUAACAUACAUAUUGUCAACGUGGAGUCCUUCACACUCUCAGGCUACGUCAUUAUGUGGAAUAAAGCCAUUGAACUGUCAUCUAAGUCUCAUCCAGGACCUAUUGUCCAUAUAAGUGAUAAUCCAAUGGAUGAAGGAAAGCUUUUGAUUGGCUUUGAAUCUGGAACAGUAGUUUUAUGGGACCUCAAAUCAAAAAAAGGCGACUACAGAUACACAUAUGAUGAGGCUAUCCACUCUGUGGCUUGGCAUCAUGAAGGAAAACAAUUUAUUUGCAGUCAUUCCGAUGGCACCUUGACUAUAUGGAAUGUGAGGUCCCCUGCUAAACCUGUACAGACAAUCACUCCACAUGGAAAACAGUUAAAGGAUGGGAAGAAGCCAGAACCAUGCAAACCUAUCCUCAAGGUGGAAUUCAAAACGUCUAGAUCUGGGGAGCCUUUUAUUAUUUUAUCAGGAGGUUUGUCAUAUGAUACUGUAGGAAGAAGACCUUGCUUAACAGUUAUGCAUGGGAAAAGUACUGCAGUGCUAGAAAUGGACUAUUCAAUUGUUGAUUUCCUAACACUGUGUGAAACACCAUAUGCAAAUGAUUUUCAGGAACCAUAUGCUGUUGUUGUUCUUCUAGAAAAGGAUUUAGUACUUAUAGACCUUGCACAAAAUGGAUAUCCUAUAUUUGAAAAUCCCUACCCUUUGAGUAUACAUGAAUCCCCUGUUACAUGUUGUGAAUAUUUUGCUGAUUGUCCUGUGGACCUUAUUCCUGCACUUUAUUCUGUUGGAGCUAGACAGAAACGUCAAGGUUACAGCAAAAAGGAGUGGCCCAUCAAUGGAGGUAAUUGGGGUUUGGGUGCUCAGAGUUACCCAGAAAUAAUUAUUACAGGGCAUGCUGAUGGGUCCGUUAAGUUCUGGGAUGCUUCUGCAAUAACUCUACAAGUAUUAUAUAAACUAAAGACAGCUAAAGUAUUUGAAAAGUCAAGAAAUAAAGAUGACAAGCCAAACACAGACAUUGUAGAUGAAGAUCCGUAUGCCAUUCAAAUCAUCUCCUGGUGUCCUGAAAGUAGAAUGCUAUGCAUAGCCGGAGUUUCAGCUCAUGUCAUUAUUUAUAGAUUCAGCAAACAAGAAGUUAUUAUAGAAGUCAUUCCGAUGCUUGAAGUUCGAUUGUUAUAUGAGAUAAAUGAUGUGGAAUCCCCAGAGGGUGAACAGGCGCCACCUCUGUCAACACCAGUGGGGGCUGCCAGUCCUCAGCCCAUCCCACCUCAGUCUCACCCUUCCACCAGUAGCAGUUCCUCUGAUGGCCUUCGAGACAAUGUCCCUUGUUUAAAAGUUAAAAAUUCACCACUUAAGCAGUCUCCAGGUUAUCAGGCAGAACUAGUUAUUCAGUUGGUGUGGGUGGGUGGAGAACCGCCACAACAAAUAACCAGCCUGGCAGUCAAUUCUUCCUAUGGAUUGGUUGUUUUUGGCAAUUGUAAUGGCAUUGCGAUCGUUGACUACCUUCAGAAGGCAGUACUCCUCAAUCUGGGCACUAUUGAAUUAUACGGCUCCAACGAUCCUUAUAGGAGAGAACCUCGGUCUCCUCGUAAAUCUCGACAACCUUCAGGAGCAGGUCUGUGUGAUAUUAAUGAAGGGACUGUAGUCCCAGAGGAUCGCUGCAAAUCUCCAACUUCUGGUUCUUCAUCACCACUCAAUUCAGAUGAUGAACAAAAAAUGAAUAAUUUUAUAGAAAAGGUGAAGACCAAAAGCAGAAAGUUUUCCAAGAUGGUAGCCAGUGAUAUAGCAAAGAUGUCAAGGAAGUUAAGCUUGCCUACUGACCUAAAGCCUGACUUAGAUGUGAAAGAUAAUUCCUUCAGCCGGUCCCGGAGUUCAAGCGUAACCAGCAUUGAUAAAGAAUCUCGAGAAGCCAUCUCUGCUCUCCAUUUUUGUGAAACUUUUACUCGAAAGGCGGAUUCGUCUCCUUCCCCCUGCUUAUGGGUGGGUACUACACUGGGGACAGUGCUUGUCAUUGCACUGAACCUUCCCCCAGGAGGAGAGCAAAGACUUCUUCAGCCAGUAAUUGUGUCUCCAAGUGGUACUAUAUUGAGGUUAAAAGGGGGGAUCCUGAGAAUGGCAUUCCUGGACACCACAGGCUGCUUAGUGCCACCUGCCUAUGAAUCCUGGAGAGAACACAACGUUCCUGAAGAAAAAGAUGAAAAGGAGAAAUUGAAAAAAAAGCGGCCAGUCUCUGUAUCCCCUUCCUCCUCUCAGGAAAUUAGUGAAAACCAGUAUGCAGUGAUAUGUUCUGAAAAGCAAGCAAAAGUAAUCGCACUGCCAACUCAGAACUGUGCUUAUAAGCAAAACAUUACAGAGACCUCGUUUGUUCUUCGGGGAGAUAUUGUGGCAUUGAGUAACAGUAUCUGCCUUGCCUGCUUCUGUGCCAAUGGACAUAUUAUGACUUUUAGUUUGCCAAGUUUAAGGCCUCUAUUGGAUGUGUAUUACUUGCCCCUUACCAAUAUGCGGAUAGCCAGAACGUUCUGCUUCACCAACAAUGGACAAGCAUUAUAUCUUGUUUCACCUACAGAAAUCCAGAGACUCACUUACAGCCAAGAGACCUGUGAAAAUCUUCAAGAAAUGUUGGGUGAACUCUUCACUCCUGUAGAAACACCUGAAGCACCAAACAGGGGAUUCUUUAAAGGCUUAUUUGGAGGUGGUGCACAGUCUCUUGAUAGAGAAGAACUAUUUGGAGAAUCGUCCUCAGGAAAGGCUUCAAGAAGUCUUGCACAACAUAUCCCUGGUCCUGGUGGCAUUGAAGGUGUGAAAGGAGCAGCAUCUGGAGUCGUUGGUGAAUUAGCACGAGCCAGGUUGGCACUGGAUGAAAGAGGGCAGAAACUGGGUGACUUGGAAGAAAGAACCACAGCUAUGUUGUCCAGUGCAGAUUCAUUUUCUAAACAUGCUCAUGAGAUGAUGUUGAAAUACAAAGAUAAGAAGUGGUACCAGUUCUGACCACCAGAAAUCCAACUAAGUUCAACUUCAGCCAAAAGGAAAAAGAAUUUUCCUUUUUCAUUUCAUUGAUUUUACUUUAGGAAAGUUAACAUUAAAGGAUGUUCAUCACUGGAUACUGUUCUUUCCUAGCACAAUUAUGCACUGUUUUACCUCAGUCAUGUGGCUUUACUGAGGAGUGUCCACAUGCUCAGUGUGGAGUGUAUGGUCUGUGCCAACUGUGAGAUGACCGUUUGGGAACUAAGCAGGUCGCACAUUACAAAGGAAGAAACCAAGAGGGAUGUUGAGGAGCCGUGGCAGGGACUAUUCCUGGAUCAUUCCUGUGUUAAACUGUCAUAUGCCAAAAGAUUUGUGCUGUUGCAUCUGCCAUCAGUGUUUGACCUCUGAGGGAGAGGCAGUAAGUUAAAGCUCUGAAGCAGAAAUGGUUAUGUUUGGUCUCAUUGACUGAAUUAUAAACAGCUGUCUUGGACUUUCCCUCCCUUAAACUGACUGGUCCUCAGUAUCAUUAGUGAGAAAGAAACAAACUGUGUGUUACCAAAUCUUUACACAGAUAAGCUGAAUGGCGGGCUUUAAAUAAUAAAGACAUACACAUGGUUGACUUGUGUAUGGGCCACUCUUGGAUUCUUGUCAUUGUAUACUUGUGUUUAGUCCAUAUUUUGUCAAAAACAAAACAAGGUGAUACAUCACUUUUCAUUGAAAAGAAAAGUGUAGAGCAUGACUGAACUGCUCAUCAUCCUGGGAGUUUCCAUGUAGUGGCUAUGCAGUGUGGAAAGUGAGAAAAACCUCCAUUGUGGUGAGGAGAAUACUUCAGUGUCCUUUGUCCUCAUUCUCAUUAAUUCAGCUAAAGGUGGAUUUGUCCAAAAGAGUUACUGGUUAAAUUUGUAAAAACGUUGAAAUUGGCUAAGUUUUUAAUUUUGCUUGAAUUUUUAUAAAAUGUUUAACCAAAUGUACCUUUGCAUUAUUUAAUUAAAAUUGCUUAAAAAAUG